AUGAUGAGGACGACGACGAGGAUGAUGACGACGACGAGGAAUACGACCCCGCCGAUCGCGAGCCCUCCGCCUACGACGCCUCGCAGUCCUGGUUUCAGCGCGGCUCAGGUCCUGGAACAGAUAUCCUCCAGCGUCGACCAAGAAGACGAAGAAGACUACUGCGAUUCCGAAGAGGAGGACGUUUCGGAAGAUGAAGACGGCGAGGAAUACAACCCCGAGCGCGACGCGGACGACUACGAAAACGACUCAGCCUCGCGGUCGUGCUCCUCUUCGGAGGAAGAGCGAGAGGAAGAGGAGACGUUGCUGUCAAAAAACGGCAAAAUCAAAUGGUCCUCCGCGGCCUAUCGCGGCCCGGACCGGCCCCGCGCCAUCCGCCGGCCCUGCCCCGCCGUGACGCCGGGCCCAACGGCCUACGCCGCGUCGCGAGCGAUCGACAUCGCGUCUGCCUUCCGGCUGUUUGUCACACCGGCCAUAGAAAGGAUAAUCGUGGACAUGACGAAUCUGCAGGGGGUGAGAAAAUACGGCGACGGCUGGCGACCCAUGGACUCCACCGACCUGCGCGCCUACGUAGGGCUGCUGAUCCUAGCCGGCGUCUACAGGUCCCGAGGCGAGGCAGCGGCCAGCCUGUGGGACGCCGAGAGCGGCAGGACCGUGUUUCGCGCCACCAUGCCGCUCAAGGUGUUUCACAAGUACUCGAGGCUGCUGCGAUUCGACGACCGCCAGUCGAGACCCGCGAGACUCGCCACCGACAGACUGGCGGCCGUAAGAGAGGUGUGGGACCUGUGGGAGGAGCGGCUGCAGGCCCUCUACAACCCGGGGCCCGAAGUGACGGUGGACGAACAACUGGUCCCGUUCAGAGGACGCUGUCCUUUCCGACAGUACAUUCCCAGCAAGCCGGCCAAAUACGGCAUCAAGUCGUGGGUGGCCUGCGGCGCCAAGUCCAGCUACGCUUGGAAGAUGCAGGUGUACACCGGCAAGGCGGCCAGCGGAGGCCCCGAGAAGAACCAGGGCGCGCGCGUCGUCCUCGAUCUGACCGAGGGACUGCCGGCCGGUCACAACGUCACGUGUGACAAUUUCUUCACCUCCUACGAACUCGGGCAGCGGCUCCUCGAGAGGGACCUCACCAUGGUGGGCACGGUGCGAAAGAACAAGCCCGAGCUCCCUCCCGCGCUGCUCCAGUCCAAGGGCAGACAGGUCUCGUCCUCCAGGUUCGCCUUCACGCCCACCGCCACUCUAGUGUCCUACCUGGCAAAGAGAAACAAGAACGUGCUGCUUCUGAGCACGCGGCACGCGGAGCCCGACGUUAGCGAUCGCCGAGACCGGAAGCCGGCCCUCAUCCUAGACUACAACUGCAACAAGGGCGGCGUGGACAACCUAGACAAGGUGGUCGGGACCUACAGCUGCAGACGGAUGACCGCCCGCUGGCCCCUGGUCAUCUUCCACAACAUCCUCGACGUGUCCUCCUACAACGCCUUUGUCAUAUGGCGAGAGAUCAACCCCGACUGGAUGCCUGGGAAGCGGAACAAGAGGAGGGUGUUCCUGGAGCAGCUCGGAAAGGCGCUCGUGAAGCCCCAGAUCCAAAGAAGGCAGCGUCUCCCCCGCACCGAAGCCGCGUCCGCACUUGUCAAAGUCCUACGGGGCGAGCGUGUAUCCGCCGACGAGGCUCGUCCGCAAGCCCGGGAGCGAGCCGCCGCCGCCGCCCCGCUGGGGGCGAGUAAGAGGAAGAGGUGUCAGCUCUGCCCACCCAAGAAGGACGCCAAGACACACACCGCGUGCUGCAGCAUCGCUAUCAUGACUACACACGAGUUCCUCUUCUGCUUGUACUUGAAGGAUUGCGGGGUGAAAGACGUCAGCGUCUCUAUGCAGCCUUUCACCGUCCUGAACUGGUAG